AUGAAGACUGGAACGUUUGUCUUUUCACUUUCCGUGCUUAGCACGUUGACUGCAGCUCUGCCUGCCCCAAAAGCAGGUUCUGCCAUUGCAGAUGGUAACAUCAAGAGAUUCGUUCCUACCAUCAUUCCAUACAAGGACUAUGCCGAGGACGUAUCCAGCGACAAGGCCAAAAGAUUCGUUCCUACCAUCAUUCCAUACAAGGACUACGCUGAAGACGCAUCGAGCGAUGAGGCCAAGAGAUUUGUUCCUACCAUUAUCCCAUACAAAGAUUAUGCUGAGGAUGUAUCCAGCGACAAGGCAAAGAGAUUCGUUCCUACCAUUAUUCCAUACAAGGACUACGCUGAAAGUGAAGAGACUCAGAAGGCUUAG